UGACUGCAAUGUGCUCUUCAGAUGUUGCGGACACUGAUACCCACGCAAAGCGCCUCAAGAGAUUAUAGAAUGAUGCAAUUGGACUUUGGGUGUAGUCGCACGUGCACGGCCAAGGAUGCUCAAAAAUGGGACGAUUUUGAAUAAUAAGCCUAUAGCUGCUUCCUUGUUUUCCAAAUAAUGUAACAUCAUUUGUGUGAUGUAUGCAGUCUUUUCGAGCGCUUGGAGUGAGAAGACACACCUUUAUUGCACUCGGAGUACAACAAUUGUUUUAAAAUACAGUCAUAAAAGUGUACAUUUCAGAUCUGGAUUUUUGUUGGGAUGAUGUAGCUACAGCAGAGGAGAACUAUGGUUGAUUUGGAGAGCGAAGUACCCCCUCUUCCCCCGAAGUAUAGAUUCAGAGACUUACUCCUCGGGGACCAGAAUUUACAAACUGAUGACAGGGUGCAAGUAGAAUUUUACGCCAAUGAAAGUACUUUCAAAGAGAGACUUAAACUGUUCUUCAUCAAAAACCAAAGAUCAAGCCUGAGAAGACGAGUGUUCGACUUCUCCAUAAAGGUCCUGAGCUGUGUCCUAUACAUGUGUCGUGUGUUGACAGACGACCCAUCCAAAGGACAUGGUUGCUGGGGAUGCCCCAAUCAAACGUACAUAUUUUUAAAGAUUGACUGGUCUCCCAUAAUAUGGGUCGAACGAAGUCUUGGCAUAUGGGCGUUACAGGUGUCUGUGGCAGUUAUCUGUCUUUUUGAAACUAUUCUGUUGACCUACCUGAGUUACAAGGGCAACAUUUGGGAGCAGAUACUUCGGUUGACGUUCAUCCUGGAGACGGUGAACACAGUGCCUUUCCUGCUCACGAUCCUGUUGCUUCCUCUGCGGAACCUCUUCAUCCCUGUGUUCCUGAACUGCUGGUUGGCCAAGCACGCCUUGGAGAACAUGAUCAAUGACCUGCAUCGUGCCAUCCAGCGAACACAGUCUGCCAUGUUCAACCAGGUGCUCAUCCUCAUCUCCACUCUCUUCUGCCUCAUAUUCACCUGCAUCUGUGGCAUCCAGCACCUGGAGCGGGCGGGCAAGAAGCUGACGGUGUUCGACUCCUGGUACUUCUGCGUCGUCACCUUCUCCACAGUGGGCUACGGCGACGUCACUCCCAACGUGUGGCCCUCCAAGCUGCUGGUGAUCAUCAUGAUCUCUGUAGCCCUGGUGGUGCUGCCCAUACAGUUUGAGCAGCUGGCCUACCUGUGGAUGGAGAGACAGAAGUCGGGGGGGAACUACAGCCGUCACCGCGCCAAGACAGAGAAACAUGUGGUGCUGUGUGUCAGCUCCCUUAAGAUAGACCUCCUGAUGGACUGCCUCAACGAGGUCUACGCCCACCCCGGGCUGCAGGACUACUAUGUCAUCAUCCUGUGUCCAACAGAGAUGGACCCCCAGGUGCGCCGGGUGCUCCAGAUCCCCCUGUGGUCCCAGCGGGUCAUCUACCUCCAGGGAUCGGCCCUCAAGGACCAGGACCUCAUACGAGCCAAACUGGACAAUGCAGAGGCUUGUUUCAUCCUAAGCAGUCGCUGUGAGGUGGACCGCACCGCCGCAGACCAUCAGACCAUUUUGCGAGCUUGGGCUGUGAAGGAUUUCGCACCAAAGUGCCCAAUUUACGUCCAGAUUCUGAAGCCAGAGAAUAAAUUCCAUGUGAAAUUUGCAGAUCAUGUAGUGUGUGAGGAGGAAUUCAAGUAUGCCAUGUUGGCUCUGAACUGCAUCUGUCCAGCAACCUCGUCCCUCAUAACCUUACUGGUCCACACUUCACAGGGCCGGGAGGGGCAGCAGUCUCCAGAGGAGUGGCACAGGACUUAUGGCAAGUGUUCGGGGAAUGAGGUUUACAACAUCGUCAUGAGAGACAGCAUCUUCUUCUCAGAAUACAUGGGGAAAAGCUUCCCCUACGCCUCCUUCCACGCGCAUAAGAAGUAUGGCGUGUGUCUGAUCGGGGUGUGCCGGGAGGACAGUAAGAGCAUCCUGCUGAACCCCGGGCCACAGUUCAGAAUGAGCCCCAAUGACAGCUGCUUCUACAUCAACAUCACUAAGGAGGAGAACACUACCUUUAAGACCCAGAGGGAGAGGACGGGUAGCCGGCCCUGCUUGCCUGUACACAGUGUAAUCGCCUGCAGGGGCACUGUGGCCAUAGACCUCCAGGACACAGGCUGUGGGCCCUCUCUCUGUCUCCCCCCGGAAGACAUCAAGGGUAACAGCAGGAGGCCCAGCAUCGGCCCCGUGCUAGAGGUGCCAGACACUUCCUCUAUGCACACAGGUGACCUCUAUAGCGACCAAUCAGAGGACGAGACCAUGCCCUCCAACGAGGACCUAUCAACUGAGGGCUAUAUGAAAGGCUUUCCUCCCAACCUGCCCUACAUCGGUAGUUCUCCAACACUGUGCCAUCUAUUGAAGGAGAAAGUACCAUACUGUUGCCUCAGACUGGAAAAGGGUUGUGACCAUAACAACUUUGAGGAUGCCAAAGCCUACAGCUUUAAGAACAAGCUGAUCAUUGUGUCUGCUGAGACGGCGGGGAAUGGACUGUACAACUUCAUCGUCCCGCUUAGAGCUUCCUACAGACUAAAGAAAGAACUGAACCCCAUUGUGCUGCUCCUGGAUAAUCAGCCUGACACACAGUUCCUGGAGGCUGUCUGUGGGUUCCCUAUGGUUUACUACAUGGUGGGCUCCAUCGAUAACCUGGAUGACCUCCUGCGUUGCGGUGUAUCCUUUGCAGCCAACAUGGUGGUGGUGGACAAGGAGAGCACCAUGAGUGCAGAAGAGGACUACAUGGCUGAUGCCAAGACCAUCGUCAAUGUACAGACACUGUUCAGGUUGUUCUCCAGUCUCAGUAUCAUCACCGAGCUAACCCACCCCGCCAACAUGAGGUUUAUGCAGUUCAGAGCUAAGGACUGGUACUCUCUGACUCUCUCUAAACUGGAGAAGAAAGAGCGGGAGAAAGGCUCCAACCUGGCCUUCAUGUUUCGCCUGCCGUUCGCUGCAGGGAGGGUCUUCAGUAUCGGCAUGCUGGACACUCUCCUCUACCAGUCGUUUGUCAAAGACUAUAUUAUCUCCAUCACCAGGCUGCUGCUGGGCCUGGACACCACCCCGGGCUCUGGCUUCCUCUGCUCUAUGCAGAUCUCUGAGGAGGACCUUUGGAUCCAGACGUAUGGAAGGCUCUAUCAGAAACUGUGUUCCACCGUCGGUGACAUUCCCAUUGGCAUCUACAGGACCGAGUCCCAGACAGCAGAUUCCUCUGAGGAGGUGCCCUCUAGACCGCAAGGCUGUUUUAACAUGUCACAGCUCUCGGUGUGCGUGGAGGACUUAGACGACCCCAAGGAGCAGAGCGACCGAGAACUCCCCCCUGUGGCCGGAGGGCUCCACCGCAGCUCCACCUCCAGCGACCCAUCGGACGGGAAGGCUCCCCUGCUGAGGAGGAAAAGCGUGCAGUGGGCGCGGAAGCUGAGCUGGAGGGGGACUCGAGGGAACCAGCGUGGGGCUCAGAGGGGGGGCCAGCAGGGUCUGAGGGCCAGACGCUCAGAGAGACAGGAGCUGGACGAGCUGGUCAGCAACAGGAUGAAAAGCCUUGGACUCUGGGCCACGGCUUGCGAUGGCAUGAGUGAGAACCAGACUACUCACUCCCACACAUACGUGUUGAUCAACCCACCUCCAGACACCAGGCUGGAGCUCAAUGACAUAGUGUAUAUCAUCCGUUCAGAUCCCCUGGGGUACAUCCCUAAGGCUGGUGACAGCAGGGAGAGUCUGGGAAGCAGCACAUGUCUUGGGGAGCACACCAAGACAGAGACGCCUUUCUGAUCCAUACUUACACACAACAUGCCUGUACUGUUUUGCUGGGGUUAGUUAAAGGGAUAGUUCACUUUUUUGCACCGCUAACUGAUACAAUCGGUUUCCACUAGCAUUGCUACAAUACCAAAAACAUGAACUAUCCCUUUAAUGCCAUAAUUAUGUUUUACGUCCUACAGUUCACAUUGCAUUGUGAAAAGCAUGUUGGGGGUUAGCAAUCAGUAUAAUUUCAGAACGUAUCACCCCAUACUGUAUCUACUGUUCGACUGAUACUGAUGUUCUCUAUCUCUCUCUUUCACAAUGUGGCCUUUCCAGAGGAUAUACUCAAUGUAGGAACUUAGGGGUUUUAAAGACACUACACAGGGUCUUUGUUUUCACGUUUGGGAUGUGGUG